AUGGUUUUCGACUCGUCCAUUACUUACCAAGGACAAUCACUGAAUUCCUCAUUACUUCAGGGACCUGAUCUUACCAACAAUCUUGUAGGUGUCCUUUUACGUUUCCGCAAGGAACGCGUAGCAAUCACAGGGGAUAUAGAACAGAUGUUCCAUAUGUUUCGCUUAGACGAAGAAAAUCGAAACUUUGUCCGCUUUAUUUGGUUUGGAAAUAACGACCCAACAAAGCCUCUAAGAAACUACAGAAUGUGUGUGCACCUCUUUGGAAAUUCCCCUUCACCAUCAGUCGCAACAUAUUGUCUUCAUAGAUGUGUAGAAGAACCAUGUGACAGUGAAGUGAAAUAUUAUGUGACUAGAAACUUUUACGUCGAUGAUGGACUGUCAUCCUAUGAUUCAGACAUUGAAGCCCUAGACGUCUUACUGCAAACACAAAAAAUACUCAGGGAGAGAGGUAAAAUCAGAUUCCAUAAGUUUGCCUCCAAUAGUCAGAUCGUCGUGGAUGCUUUGUCACCUGUGGACAGGACUGGAGAUCUUAGUGACGUACAAUUAGAUCUAAAUACUAUACCAUCACAGAGUAGUCUGGGCCUGAAGUGGAACAUAUCGUCAGAUACUUUUACCUUCUCUACGGAUCUCAAAGAUUUGGAACUCGGAUGGGACGAGCUGCUACCCAAGGACAUCAUCUUGCGUUGGCGGUCAUGGCAAAGUUCUCUCCAUCACUUGUCUGAAGUAGAAAUACCUCGAUGUUAUGUUCCAACAUCCAUUAAAAAUGCAGAAAGGAUUGAGCUCCAUACCUUUGCACAUGCUUCUGAAAAGGCCAUAUCAGCUGUCACGUACAUCAAAAUUACAAGAAAUGAAGAAAAUCAUGUAGGAUUCAUUACAGGGAAAUCGAAAUUAGCACCUCACCAUGGACAUACAAUUCCAAGGCUAGAACUUUGUGCAGCACUUCUUGCUACAGAAAUUACUACCUUUGUUGAACGUCAGUUUGAUACACAGAUUGAUGAUAUUCGAUUCUAUACUGACAGCCGAGUUGUUUUGGGGUACCUACAUAACAAGACUAGGCGAUUUCACACAUACGUCUCUAACAGGGUCCAUCGCAUACUCAACAAUUCAUAUCCUGAACAGUGGACUAUUGUCGCAUCAGACCAGAAUCCAGCUGAUAUUGGAACACGCUCUAUUCCUUUGAAUGAAUUAGUAAAAUCUUCAUGGUUAUCUGGACCAAUUAUUUUGAAUGACGACUCGUGUGACCAUUCAUCAGAAUUCCCAUUACUGGAUCCAGAAAAUGACUCUGAAAUCAAAAACACUGUGACUGUUGUUAAAACAAAUGUGUCUUGUGGUUUGAACACAAAUCUUUUCCUAAGAUUUUCAUCCUGGGAGUCUUUGAUUCGUGGACUGUCAUUCAUGCGCAGAUCAAUUCACAGGAAACUCAACCUUGAAGAUAUAAGUCCUACAAAACUGCACAAAGAUAUGGAAAUGAUAUUUAUCAAAAGUGCGCAGUAUGAAGUUUAUAGACACGACAUAGAGAGACUUCAAGAUCACAAAUCAGUUGUCAAAGGUAGUCCCCUACGAAACCUAGACCCGUAUCUGGACGAUGAGGGAUUACUUCGUGUAGGAGGCAGAAUCCUUACAGGAGAUCUAUUGGCCGGAUCAAAUGGACCGAUUAUCAUUCCCAAAAAGUAA